UUCUGCAGGCGUUUCCCAGGCGGACGUUUUUUUUUACUGAACACUAACCGGAAGCUGCAAAUGGCAUGGAAAACGCGUUUGAGGGUUUGUUGUUGGUGAAAGCACAGUAACACACUGCACAGAUGGCUGGCACUGCCCUGGCUGUCCGAGGGCUGGGGCUCCGAUGCAGGCAGCAGCUCCUGCCCUGUUUGCUGCUGGGGAGUCACCUCUCUGCCUCACUCACACCCUCUCUCCUGGCUGGGACCCGUCUGUACUGGCCGGGCUGGACCCAGCCUCGCUGCUCCCUGCACUGCAGCCCCCUCACUCUGGCUGGACACAACAAGUGGUCCAAAGUGAAGCACAUCAAAGGACCCAAGGACUCGGCCAGGAGCCGCGUGUUCGUGAAGCUCGCCAUGAUGCUGAGACAUGCUGUGCGAGAAGGAGGCGCGAACCCAGACUUGAACACCCAGCUGGGAAACAUCAUUGAGCAGUGCCGAGGUGUGAACAUGCCCAAAGCAUCCAUCGAGGCUGCGAUGAAGGGAGCGGACAAGUCCAAGGCCUCCUCGUACGCUCUGUAUGAGGCGAGGGGUCCUGGGGGCUCUUCACUGCUCAUCGAGAUCCUAACCGACAACAACACGCGAUCCCACCAGGAGAUCAAACACAUCCUCAACAAGAACGGGGGGGCGCUGAGUGACGGGGCGCGGCACAGAUUCCAGCGGAAGGGGGUGGUGGUGUCAGCAGGAGAGGUACCACUGGACCGGGCCCUGGAGCUUGCCAUCGAGGCCGGAGCCGAGGAUGUGAGAGAGAUAGAGGAUGAGGAGGAGAGACCCCUGCUGCAGUUUCUCUGCGAUGUGUCGUCUCUGCGCUCGGUCCGAGAGGCGCUCCAGGCCCUGGGCGUGCAGACACUCUCCGCGGGGCCCGAGUUUGUGGCCUGCACCUCGGUGCAGCUGUCCGACUCGGAGCUGGAAGCUGCCUCGAAACUCUUGGAGCUGCUCAACGACUGUCUUGACGUGAUCCGAGUCUACGACAACAUCCAGCCCCUUAGCUGACGCCAGGGCUGGGGCUCCCUUGGACCCUUGCACAACGUCGAGACGGAGACAGGGGAAGACAAGCAUCCGCAGGAACAAUGCGUGCAUUCUGAAAGUGGUUUUAGCUGCAGGGGCCAAAACUCCCUUGCCCAGCAUGUGAAAACUGCUUCCCAUGUUGCCGUACACUCAAGGUUAUCAAUAUAAUUUCCAGCCUGUUGUAUCUCGAGAAGCAAAAUAAAAAUGAAAGGAGUGAAA